CAGUUACAUGGGGAUACAGUGGGGCCCUGUAUAGAAAUAGAAGUGAGUCCAUAGACACAGAAGUGAGAGGAGCAGCAACAAGAACACACGCCCGGGGCAGGCUCAGCCUCCUGAGCAGGAUUGGGAGUAGGACACACCCAGCAGCAGGGCGAGCUGAGCCGUAUAGGAGCCCAACCCUGACUCUACUGAUCACUCAGCUCUGCUUCUCCAGUCACAACACAGCGCUGGCUCCUGCACAUGUAGCGGCAGCUCAACAGCACCAGCCUUGUGUCCUCAUGCAAACAUCGUGCAGCGAAGCCAGCAAAGUCUUACUGAACUGGUAACUAACUAACCAGUGUCAAGAUGGAUAAAGAAGAAGAAGAAGAAAAAACAAGAGAGCUUUUGCUCCCCAACUGGCAGGGGAGUGGAUCCAUGGGCAUCACCUUGGAUAAGAAUGAGGAGGGGGUGUUUGUUAAGCAAUUGGUGCAGGAUUCUCCAGCCGGGAAAACUGGAGUUGCAAAAGAAGGUGACCAGAUUGUUGGUGCAACGUUAUACUUUGAUAACAUGUCUUCAGAGGACAUUGAGAGACUUCUAACAAAUGUAGGACAUCACACCGUGGGACUAAAACUCCAGAGGAAAGGAGAUCGAUCCCCACAGCCUGGAAUGACCUGGUCCCACGAUGUCUUCAGUUCGAAAAGUCCAGAUGUUGUUCUGAGUGGGGACGACGAAGAGUACCGAAGAAUAUACACAAAGAAAAUUAAGCCACGUCUGAAGUCAGAUGAAACGCUGGAGCCAGAAACGCAAACAAGGACAAUUACUGUCACCAGGAAGGUAACAGCUUACACAGUAGAUGUGACUGGUUCUAAAGGCACAAAAGAGAUUGAUAUAAGUAGCCCGGAGUACAAGAUUAAAAUUCCAAGGCAUGAGAUAACCGAGAUUUCCAAAACUAACAUAGAUACAGAGGAGGGGAAAACCGUGAUCAAAAUUCCUGGCGCUGAUAUUUCUGGAAGAACUUUUGAGUUUGGAAAAGAGAUUAAUUUAGACGCAACAGGGCCUGGAGUCUCAUUGACAGGUGGCACACAAAGCAUUUCCAGCUCCUCUGUUUACUCGCAGGUUACAAAUGCAGGAACAUUUGGGCUUCAUGGAAUCCACAGUGGUGGUAACAUAAGUAUAAGCUCACCAAGUGUUUCUGGACCAAAAUACCAAAGUUACGAGCAGCAAAUAGAUGUCAAAUCAUCCACAUAUGAAGCUGCCCAAAAGGGUCAUUUAAGAAGCCCUCAGGAUUCUUCCAUUGAUAUACAGAUGAAAGGUUCCAUACUUAAAGGAGCGGAAGCUGGCCGUGCAGGAAGAUCCACCAUAAACACUGAAUUUGCCAGCACAGAAAAAACGUUUGGGAUUUCUAAAGGUGGAUUUCAGUCAUCUGCUAUCACGCUAAAAGAGACACGGUUUGACAUGCAAAAACCAGAGGGGUUUACAGUAGAACAAUCUGACAUCAGUGUUAAAGUACCACAAGCAGAUAUAAACCUCCCCGUUUCAGGAAAGAAAGAGACUGCUGGAGAACGGAAACUUCAUGGGCCAGCUACUGCCAUUAAUGUUGCAUCUCCUGAUACACAGGCAGCAUUAUUACAGAAAGAUGGUAAGAUUCAAAGUGCUGGAAUUAAGCUAAAAGAGUCUAACUUUGACAUAUCAAGCUUGAAAGCUAAAGCUCCUGAUGUGACUGAUGUAAGUUCUAAAAUUGAUAUUCAUGAUUUAAAAGGUGAUGUUAAGGGGCCUACUUUUAAAAUACCUUCAGAGAAUGUAAAUUUACCCAAGGUGCCAAUAACUGACAUUAAUUUGCAUUUGAAAGGGUCUAAAGCAAAAGAGGUAGACAUAUCUUUUCCUACACUGGAAAGUGGUCUGAAAGGCCCUCAGAUACAAAUGGAAAGUUCAAAGCUUGAUGUGGAGGUUCUAGAAUCAGUAGACAUGAAUCUGAAAGGUUCUGCAUUAAAAGGGAAUAUGCUAAGCUUAAAUGUAAAAGGACAUAAAAUAGAGGGGGAAUUGAAAGGACCCAACAUUGAUAUGAAAGGGCCAGAGGUUGAUGUAGCAAUUCAAGAUGUUGAGCUGGAGGGGCCAGAGGGAAAACUGAAAAUGCCAAAAUUUAAAAUGCCUAAGUUUGGGUUUUCUGGCCCAAAAGUGGAUGGUAAAGAUGUUGAUAUUACACUUCCAAAAGGAGAAAUAGAUGUAUCAGGACCCAAUAUGGACAUCAGUGUCCCACAGUUAAACAUAGAAUGCACAGAGGGAAAAGUAAAAGGUCCCAAAUUUAAGAUGCCUUCAUUGCAUAUGUCUGAUAUAGACUUCAAUCUUAAAGGUCCUAAACUGGAAGGUGAUUUAAAAGGUCCCAAAGUUGACAUCAGUGCUCCAGACAUUAAUCUUCAGGCUCCAGAUAUAGAUAUUGAUGGAAAGGUGAAAGGUCCCAAAUUUAAGAAGCCUUCUAUGCCAAAAGUCUCCAUGCCUGAUCUAGACUUAAAUCUUAAAGGUCCUAAACUGGAGGGUGAUUUAAAAGGUCCCAAAGUUGACAUCAAGGCUCCAGACAUUAGUCUUCAGGCUCCAGAUAUAGAUAUUGAUGGAAAGGUGAAAGGUUCCAAAUUUAAGAUGCCUUCUAUGCCCAAAGUCUCCAUGCCUGAUCUAGACUUAAAUCUUAAAGUUCCUAAACUGGAGGGUGAUUUAAAAGGUCCCAAAGUUGACAUCAAGGCUCCAGAUGUUGAUCUUCAGGCUCCAGAUAUAGAUGUUGAUGGAAAGGUGAAAGGUCCCAAAUUUAAGAUGCCUUCUAUGUCCAAAGUCUCCAUGCCUGAUCUAGACUUCAAUCUUAAAGGUCCUAAACUGGAGGGUGAUUUAAAAGCUCCCAAAGUUGACAUCAAGGCUCCAGACAUUAGUCUUCAGGCUCCAGAUAUAGAUAUUGAUGGAAAGGUGAAAGGUUCCAAAUUUAAGAUGCCUUCUAUGCCCAAAGUCUCCAUGCCUGAUCUAGACUUAAAUCUUAAAGGUCCUAAACUGGAGGGUGAUUUAAAAGGUCCCAAAGUUGACAUCAAGGCUCCAGACAUUAGUCUUCAGGCUCCAGAUAUAGAUAUUGAUGGAAAGGUGAAAGGUUCCAAAUUUAAGAUGCCUUCUAUGCCCAAAGUCUCUAUGCCUGAUCUAGGAUUAAAUGUAAAAGGACCUAAAAUAGAGGGGGAAUUGAAAGGGCCCAACGUUGAUAUGAAAGGGCCAGAGGUUGAUGUAGAAAUUCCAGAUGUUGAGUUGGAGGGGCCAGAGGGAAAACUGAAAAUGCCAAAAUUUAAAAUGCCUAAGUUUGGAUUUUCUGGCCCAAAAGUGGAGGGUAAAGAUGUAGAUAUUACACUUCCAGAAGGAGAAAUAGAUGUAUCAGGACCAAAGGUGGACAUCAGUGCCCCACAGUUAGACAUAGCAUGCCCAGUGGGAGAAGUGAAAGGUCCCACAUUUAAGAUGCCUUCAUUGCAUAUGCCUGAUCUAGACUUCAAUCUUAAAGGUCCUAAACUGGAAGGUGAUUUCAAAGGUCCCAAAGUUGACAUCAAGGAUCCAGACGUUGAUCUUCAGGCUCCAGAUAUAGAUGUUGAUGGAAAGGUGAAAGGUCCUAAAUUUAAGAUGCCUUCUAUGCCCAAAGUCUCCAUGCCUGAUCUAGACUUCAAUUUUAAAGGUCCUAAACUGGAAGGUGAUUUAAAAGGUCCCAAAGUUGACAUCAAGGCUCCAGACGUUAAUCUUCAGGCUGCAGAUAUAGAUGUUGAUGGAAAGGUGAAAGGUUCCAAAUUUAAGAUGCCUUCUAUGCCCAAAGUCUCCAUGCCUGAUCUAGGAUUAAAUGUAAAAGGACCUAAAAUAGAGGGGGAAUUGAAAGGGCCCAACGUUGAUAUGAAAGGGCCAGAGGUUGAUGUAGAAAUUCCAGAUGUUGAGUUGGAGGGGCCAGAGGGAAAACUGAAAAUGCCAAAAUUUAAAAUGCCUAAGUUUGGAUUUUCUGGCCCAAAAGUGGAUGGUAAAGAUGUAGAUAUUACAUUUCCAGAAGGAGAAAUAGAUGUAUCAGGACCAAAGGUGGACAUCAGUGCCCCACAGUUAGACAUAGCAUGCCCAGAGGGAGAAGUGAAAGGUCCUAAAUUUAAGAUGCCUUCAUUGCAUAUGCCUGAUCUAGACUUCAAUCUUAAAGGUCCUAAACUGGAAGGUGAUUUAAAAGGUCCCAAAGUUGACAUCAAGACUCCAGACAUUAAUCUUCAGGCUGCAGAUAUAGAUGUUGAUGGAAAGGUGAAAGGUUCCAAAUUUAAGAUGCCUUCUAUGCCCAAAGUCUCCAUGCCUGAUCUAGACUUAAAUCUUAAAGGUCCUAAACUGGAGGGUGAUUUAAAAGGUCCCAAAGUUGACAGCAAGGCUCCAGAUGUUAAUCUUCAGACUCCAGAUAUAGAUAUUGAUGGAAAGGUGAAAGGUUCCAAAUUUAAGAUGCCUUCUAUGCCCAAAGUCUCCAUGCCUGAUCUAGACUUCAAUCUUAAAGCUCCUAAACUGGAAGGUGAUUUAAAAGGUCCCAAAGUUGACAUCAAGGCUCCAGAAGUUAAUCUUCAGGCUCCAGAUAUAGAUAUUGAUGGAAAGGUGAAAGGUUCCAAAUUUAAGAUGCCUUCUAUGCCCAAAGUCUCCAUGCCUGAUCUAGACUUCAAUCUUAAAGGUCCUAAACUAGAAGGUGAUUUAAAAGGUCCCAAAGUUGACAUCAAGGCUCCAGACGUUAAUCUUCAGGCUCCAGAUAUAGAUAUUGAUGGAAAAGUGAAAGGACCCAAAUUUAAGAUGCCUUCUAUGCCCAAAGUCUCCAUGCCUGAUCUAGGAUUAAAUGUAAAAGGACCUAAAAUAGAGGGGGAAUUGAAAGGGCCCAACAUUGAUAUGAAAGGGCCAGAGGUUGAUGUAGAAGUUCCAGAUGUUGAGCUGGAGGGGCCAGAAGGAAAACUGAAAAUGCCAAAAUUUAAAAUGCCUAAGUUUGGAUUUUCUGGCCCAAAAGUGGAGGGUAAGGCUGUAGAUAUUACACUUCCAGAAGGAGAAAUAGAUGUAUCAGGACCAAAGGUGGACAUCAGUGCCCCACAGUUAGACAUAGAAUGCCCAGAGGGAAAAGUGAAAGGUCCCAAAUUUAAGAUGCCUUCAUUGCAUAUGCCUGAUAUAGACUUUAAUCUUGAAGGUCCUAAUCUGGAAGGUGAUUUAAAAGGUCCGAAAGUUGACAUCAAGGCUCCAGACGUUAAUCUUCAGGCUCCAGAUAUAGAUAUUGAUGGAAAGGUGAAAGGUUCCAAAUUUAAGAUGCCUUCUAUGCCCAAAGUCUCCAUGCCUGAUCUAGACUUCAAUCUUAAAGGUCCUAAACUGGAAGGUGAUUUAAAAGUCUCCAUGCCUGAUCUAGGAUUAAAUGUAAAAGGACCUAAAAUAGAGGGGGAAUUGAAAGGGCCAGAGGUUGAUGUAGAAAUUCCAGAUUUUGAGCUGGAGGGGCCAGAGGCAAAACUGAAAAUGCCAAAAUUUAAAAUGCCUAAGUUUGGAUUUUCUGGUCCAAAAGUGGAGGGUAAAGAUGUAGAUAUUACACUUCCAGAAGGAGAAAUAGAUGUAUCAGGACCAAAGGUGGACAUCAGUGCCCCACAGUUAGACAUAGAAUGGCCAGAGGGAAAAGUGAAAGGUCCCAAAUUUAAGAUGCCUUCAUUACAUAUGCCUGAUCUAGAUUUCAAUCUUAAAGGUCCUAAACUGGAAGGUGAUUUAAAAGGUCCUAAACUGGAAGGUGAUUUAAAAGGUCCUAAAGUUGAUAUCAAAGCUUCAGACAUUGAUCUUCAGGCUCCAGAUAUAGAUAUUGAUGGAAAGGUGAAAGGUCCCAAAUUUAAGAUGCCUUCUAUGCCCAAAGUCUCCAUGCCUGAUCUAGACUUUAAUCUUAAAGGCCCUAAACUGGAGGGUGAUUUAAAAGGUCCCAAAGUUGACAUCAAAGCUCCAGACGUUAAUCUUCAGGCUCCAGAUAUAGAUAUUGAUGGAAAAGUGAAAGGUCCCAAAUUUAAGAUGCCUUCUAUGCCCAAAGUCUCCAUGCCUGAUCUAGACUUCAAUCUUAAAGGUCCUAAACUGGAAGGUGAUUUAAAAGGUCCCAAAGUUGACAUCAAGGCUCCAGACGUUGAUCUUCAGGCUCCAGAUAUAGAUAUUGAUGGAAAGGUGAAAGGUCCCAAAUUUAAGAUGCCUUCUAUGCCCAAAGUCUCCAUGCCUGAUCUAGACUUCAAUCUUAAAGGUCCUAAAGUGGAAGGUGAUUUAAAAGGUCCCAAAGUUGACAUCAAGGCUCCAGAAGUUAAUCUUCAGGCUCCAGAUAUAGAUAUUGAUGGAAAGGUGAAAGGUUCCAAAUUUAAGAUGCCUUCUAUGCCCAAAGUCUCCAUGCCUGAUCUAGACUUCAAUCUUAAAGGUCCUAAACUGGAAGGUGAUUUAAAAGGUCCCAAAGUUGACAUCAAGACUGCAGACGUUAAUCUUCAAGCUCCAGAUAUAGAUAUUGAUGGAAAUGUGAAAGGUCCCAAAUUUAAGAUUCCUUCUAUGCCUAAAGUCUCCAUGCCUGAUCUAGACUUCAAUCUUAAAGGUCCUAAACUGGAAGGUGAUUUAAAAGGUCCCAAAGUUGACGUUAAUCUUCAGGCUCCAGAUAUAGAUGUUGAUGGAAAAGUUAAAGGUUCCAAAUUUAAGAUGCCUUCAUUGCAUAUGCCUGAUAUAGACUUAAAUCUUAAAGGUCCUAAACUGGAAGGUGAUUUAAAAGGUCCCAAAGUUGACAUCAAGGCUCUAGACAUUAAUCUUCAGGCUCCAGAUAUAGAUGUUGAUGGAAAGGUGAAAGGACCCAAAUUUAAGAUGCCUUCUAUGCCCAAAGUCUCCAUGCCUGAUCUAGGAUUAAAUGUAAAAGGACCUAAAAUAGAGGGGGAAUUGAAAGGGCCCAACAUUGAUAUGAAAGGUCCAGAGGUUGAUGUAGAAAUUCCUGAUGUUGAGCUGGAGGGGCCAGAAGGAAAACUGAAAAUGCCGAAAUUUAAAAUGCCUAAGUUUGGAUUUUCUGGCCCAAAAGUGGAGGGUAAGGCUGUAGAUAUUACACUUCCAGAAGGAGAAAUAGAUGUAUCAGGACCAAAGGUGGACAUCAGUGCCCCACAGUUAGACAUAGAAUGCCCAGAGGGAAAAGUGAAAGGUCCCAAAUUUAAGAUGCCUUCAUUGCAUAUGCCUGAUAUAGACUUUAAUCUUAAAGGUCCUAAACUGGAAGGUGAUUUAAAAGUCUCCAUGCCUGAUCUAGACUUUAAUCUUAAAGGCCCUAAACUGGAGGGUGAUUUAAAAGGUCCCAAAGUUGACAUCAAGGCUCCAGACGUUAAUCUUCAGGAUAUAGAUAUUGAUGGAAAGGUGAAAGGUCCCAAAUUUAAGAUGCCUUCUAUGCCCAAAGUCUCCAUGCCUGAUCUAGACUUCAAUCUUAAAGGUCCUAAACUGGAAGGUGAUUUAAAAGGUCCCAAAGUUGACAUCAAGGCUCCAGACGUUAAUCUUCAGGCUCCAGAUAUAGAUAUUGAUGGAAAGGUGAAAGGUUCCAAAUUUAAGAUGCCUUCUAUGCCCAAAGUCUCCAUGCCUGAUCUAGACUUCAAUCUUAAAGGUCCUAAACUGGAAGGUGAUUUAAAAGUCUCCAUGCCUGAUCUAGGAUUAAAUGUAAAAGGACCUAAAAUAGAGGGGGAUUUGAAAGGGCCCAACAUUGAUAUGAAAGGGCCAGAGGUUGAUGUAGAAAUUCCUGAUGUUGAGCUGGAGGGGCCAGAAGGAAAACUGAAAAUGCCGAAAUUUAAAAUGCCUAAAUUUGGAUUUUCUGGCCCAAAAGUGGAGGGUAAGGCUGUAGAUAUUACACUUCCAGAAGGAGAAAUAGAUGUAUCAGGACCAAAGGUGGACAUCAGUGCCCCACAGUUAGACAUAGAAUGCCCAGAGGGAAAAGUGAAAGGUCCCAAAUUUAAGAUGCCUUCAUUGCAUAUGCCUGAUAUAGACUUUAAUCUUAAAGGUCCUAAACUGGAAGGUGAUUUAAAAGGUCCUAAAGUUGAUAUCAAAGCUUCAGACAUUGAUCUUCAGGCUCCAGAUAUAGAUAUUGAUGGAAAGGUGAAAGGUCCCAAAUUUAAGAUGCCUUCUAUGCCCAAAGUCUCCAUGCCUGAUCUAGACUUUAAUCUUAAAGGCCCUAAACUGGAGGGAGAUUUAAAAGACUUCAAUCUUAAAGGUCCUAAACUGGAAGGUGAUUUAAAAGGUCCUAAAGUUGAUAUCAAGGCUCCAGACAUUGAUCUUCAGGCUCCAGAUAUAGAUAUUGAUGGAAAGGUGAAAGGUUCCAAAUUUAAGAUGCCAUCUAUGCCCAAAGUCUCCAUGCCUGAUCUAGACUUGAAUCUUAAAGGUCCUAAACUGGAAGGUGAUUUAAAAGGUCCCAAAGUUGACAUCAAGGCCCCAGACGUUAAUCUUCAGGCUCCAGAUAUAGAUAUUGAUGGAAAGGUGAAAGGUCCCAAAUUUAAGAUGCCUUCUAUGCCCAAAGUCUCCAUGCCUGAUCUAGACUUCAAUCUUAAAGGUCCUAAAGUGGAAGGUGAUUUAAAAGGGCCUAAAAUGGAGGGGGAAUUGAAAGGACCCAAUAUUGAUAUGAAAGGGCCAGAGGUUGAUGUAGCAAUUCCAGAUGUUGAGCUGGAGGGGUCAGAAGGAAAACUGAAAAUGCCGAAAUUUAAAAUGCCUAAGUUUGGGUUUUCUGGCCCAAAUGUGGAGGGUAAAGAUAUAGAUAUUACACUUCCAGAAGGAGAAAUAAAUUUAUCAGGACCAAAGGUAGACAUCAGUGCCCCAGAGUUAGACAUAGAAUGCCCAGAGGGAAAAGUGAAAGGUCCCAAAUUUAAGAUGCCUUCAUUGCAUAUGCCUGAUAUAGACUUCAAUCUUAAAGGUCCUAAACUGGAAGUGCCAGAUGUUGAUCUAAAUAUAAAAUCCCCAAAGUGGAAGGGAGGAUUGGAUAUUUCAGGACAGAAAUUGGAGGGAGAUGUGAAGGGGCCAGAUGUUGAGGUAAAGAGUCCAGAAAUUCAUAUUUCUGAUAUAAAUAUAGGUGGUGCAGAUGCAAAAGUCAAAGUUAAAAAGUCUAGAUUCCAUUUGCCAAAGUUUGGUUUCUCCAGUGCCAAAGCUGAACUCCCAGAUAUAGACGUUAAACCUCCAAAAACUAACCUUAAUAUUUCAGUUCCCAAAGUUAACAUCGAAUCACCAAAACUUGAUAUUGAAGGUCCAGAAGGAAAAGUCAAGGGGCCCAAAUUUAAAAUGCCUUCACUUCCAAAAAUGUCAAUGCCUGAUGUUGAUCUAAAUAUUAAAAGCCCCAAGUGGAAAGGCACAGAUACAUCAGGAUCCAAGGCUGAAGGAGAGUUCAGGGUUCCAGAAACUGAUAUUAACGCCCUUAAUGUUGAGCUUGACACACCUACUUUGGAUAUUGAAAGUCCUGAAGGAAAGGGGAAGCUGAAAAUGCCAAAAUUUAAAAUGCCUAAAUUUGGUUUUUCUAGCUCAAAAGGGGAGGGAAAAGAUUUAGGUAUUACACUUCCUGAAGGAGAAAUUGAUGUAUCAGGGCCAAAGGUAGACAUCGAUGCCCCAGAGUUAGACAUAGAAUUCCCAGCGGGAAAAGUAAAAGGUCCCAAAUUUAAGAUGCCGUCAUUGCAUAUGCCUGAUCUAGACUUCAAUCUUAAAGGUCCUAAACUGGAAGGUGAUUUAAAAGGUCCCAAAGUUGACAUCAAUGCUCCAGACGUUAAUCUUCAGGCUCCAGAUAUAGAUAUUGAUGGAAAAGUUAAAGGUUCCAAAUUUAAGAUGCCUUCAUUGCAAAUGCCUGAUAUAGACUUAAAUCUUAAAGGUCCUAAACUGGAAGGUGAUUUAAAAGGUCCCAAAGUUGAUAUCAAGGCUCCAGACGUUAAUCUGCAGGCUCCAGAUAUAGAUGUUGAUGGAAAGGUGAAAGGUCCCAAAUUUAAGAUGCCUUCUAUGCCCAAAGUCUCCAUGCCUGAUCUAAGCUUAAAUGUAAAAGGGCCUAAAGUAGAGGGAGAAUUGAAAGGACCCAACAUUGACAUGAAAGGGCCAGAGUUUGAUGUAGCAAUUCCAGAUGUUGAGCUGGAGGGAUCAGAAGGAAAAUUGAAAAUGCCAAAAUUUAAAAUGCCUAAGUUUGGGUUUUCUGGCCCAAACGUGGAGGGUAAAGAUAUAGAUAUUACACUUCCAGAAGGAGAAAUAAAUUUAUCAGGACCAAAGGUAGACAUCGAUGCCCCAGAGUUAGACAUAGAAUUCCCAGCGGGAAAAGUAAAAGGUUCCAAAUUUAAGAUGCCGUCAUUGCAUAUGCCUGAUAUAGACUUCAAUCUUAAAGGUCCUAAACUGGAAGGUGAUUUAAAAGUCUCCAUGCCUGAUCUAGACUUCAAUCUUAAAGGUCCUAAACUGGAAGGUGAUUUAAAAGGUCCCAAAGUUGACAUCAAGGCUCCAGACGUUAAUCUUCAGGCUCCAGAUAUAGAUGUUGAUGGAAAAGUGAAAGGUCCCAAAUUUAAGAUGCCUUCAUUGCAUAUGCCUGAUAUAGACUUAAAUCUUAAAGGUCCUAAACUGGAAGGUGAUUUAAAAGGUCCCAAAGUUGACAUCAAGGCUCCAGACGUUAAUCUUCAGGCUCCAGAUAUAGAUAUUGAUGGAAAGGUGAAAGGUCCCAAAUUUAAGAUGCCUUCUAUGCCCAAAGUGUCCAUGCCUGAUCUAGACUUUAAUCUUAAAGGUCCUAAACUGGAAGGUGAUUUAAAAGUCUCCAUGCCUGAUCUAGACUUCAAUCUAAAAGGUCCUAAACUGGAAGGUGAUUUAAAAGGUCCCAAAGUUGACAUCAAGGCUCCAGACGUUAAUCUUCAGGCUCCAGAUAUAGAUGUUGAUGGAAAAGUGAAAGGUUCCAAAUUUAAGAUGCCUUCAUUGCAUAUGCCUGAUAUAGACUUAAAUCUUAAAGGUCCUAAACUGGGAGGUGAUUUAAAAGGUCCCAAAGUUGACAUCAAGGCUCCAGACGUUAAUCUUCAGGCUCCAGAUAUAGAUGUUGAUGGAAAUGUGAAAGGUCCCAUAUUUAAGAUGCCUUCUAUGCCCAAAGUCGCCAUGCCUGAUCUAGGCUUAAAUGUAAAAGGGCCUAAAGUAGAGGGAGAAUUGAAAGGACCCAACAUUGACAUGAAAGGGCCAGAGUUUGAUGUAGCAAUUCCAGAUGUUGAGCUGGAGGGGCCAGAAGGAAAAUUGAAAAUGCCGAAAUUUAAAAUGCCUAAGUUUGGGUUUUCUGGCCCAAACGUGAAUGGUAAAGAUAUAGAUAUUACACUUCCAGAAGGAGAAAUAAAUUUAUCAGGACCAAAGGUAGACAUCGAUGCCCCAGAGUUAGACAUAGAAUUCCCAGCGGGAAAAGGAAAAGGUCCCAAAUUUAAGAUGCCGUCCUUGCAUAUGCCUGAUCUAGACUUCAAUCUUAAAGGUCCUAAAUUGGAAGGUGAUUUAAAAGGUCCCAAAGUUGACAUCAAGGCUCCAGACAUUGAUCUUCAGGCUCCAGAUAUAGAUGUUGAUGGAAAGGUGAAAGGUCCCAAAUUUAAGAUGCCUUCUAUGCCCAAAGUCUCCAUGCCUGAUCUAGACUUCAAUCUUAAAGGUCCUAAACUGGAAGGUGACUUAAAAGGUCCCAAAGUUGAUAUCAAGGCUCCAGACGUUAAUCUUCAGGCUCCAGAUAUAGAUGUUGAUGGAAAGGUAAAAGGUCCCAAAUUUAAGAUGCCUUCUAUGCCCAAAGUCACCAUGCCUGAUCUAGGCUUAAAUGUAAAAGGGCCUAAAGUAGAGGGAGAAUUGAAAGGACCCAACAUUGACAUGAAAGGGCCAGAGUUUGAUGUAGCAAUUCCAGAUGUUGAGCUGGAGGGGCCAGAAGGAAAAUUGAAAAUGCCGAAAUUUAAAAUGCCUAAGUUUGGGUUUUCUGGCCCAAACGUGGAUGGUAAAGAUAUAGAUAUUACACUUCCAGAAGGAGAAAUAAAUUUAUCAGGACCAAAGGUAGACAUCGAUGCCCCAGAGUUAGACAUAGAAUUCCCAGCGGGAAAAGGAAAAGGUCCCAAAUUUAAGAUGCCAUCAUUGCAUAUGCCUGAUCUAGACUUCAGUCUUAAAGGUCCUAAAUUGGAAGGUGAUUUAAAAGGUCCCAAAGUUGACAUCAAGGCUCCAGGCAUUGAUCUUCAGGCUCCAGAUAUAGAUGUUGAUGGAAAGGUAAAAGGUCCCAAAUUUAAGAUGCCUUCUAUGCCCAAAGUCUCCAUGCCUGAUCUAGACUUCAAUCUUAAAGGUCCUAAACUGGAAGGUGACUUAAAAGGUCCCAAAGUUGAUAUCAAGGCUCCAGACGUUAAUCUUCAGGCUCCAGAUAUAGAUGUUGAUGGAAAAGUUAAAGGUUCCAAAUUUAAGAUGCCUUCAUUGCAUAUGCCUGAUAUAGACUUAAAUCUUAAAGGUCCUAAACUGGAAGGUGAUUUAAAAGGUCCCAAAGUUGACAUCAAGGCUCUAGACAUUAAUCUUCAGGCUCCAGAUAUAGAUGUUGAUGGAAAGGUGAAAGGACCCAAAUUUAAGAUGCCUUCUAUGCCCAAAGUCUCCAUGCCUGAUCUAGGCUUAAAUGUAAAAGGGCCCAAAGUAGAGGGAGAAUUGAAAGGACCCAACAUUGACAUGAAAGGGCCAGAGUUUGAUGUAGCAAUUCCAGAUGUUGAGCUGGAGGGGCCAGAAGGAAAAUUGAAAAUGCCGAAAUUUAAAAUGCCUAAGUUUGGGUUUUCUGGCCCAAACGUGGAGGGUAAAGAUAUAGAUAUCACAAUUCCAGAAAGAGAAAUAAAUUUAUCAGGACCAAAGGUAGACAUCAAUGCCCCAGAGUUAGACCUAGAAUGCCCAGAGGGAAAAGUGAAAGGUCCCAAAUUUAAGAUGCCUUCUAUGCCCAAAGUCUCCAUGCCUGAUCUAGACUUCAAUCUUAAAGGUCCUAAACUGGAAGGUGAUUUAAAAGACUUAAAUCUUAAAGGUCCUAAACUGGAAGGUGAUUUAAAAGGUCCCAAAGUUGACAUCAAGGCUCCAGACGUUAAUCUUCAGGCUCCAGAUAUAGAUGUUGAUGGAAAUGUGAAAGGUCCCAAAUUUAAGAUGCCUUCUAUGCCCAAAGCCUCCAUGCCUGAUCUAGACUUCAAUCUUAAAGGUCCUAAACUGGAAGGUGAUUUAAAAGGUCCCAAAGUUGACAUCAAGGCACCAGACGUUAAUCUUCAGGCUCCAGAUAUAGAUGUUGAUGGAAAUGUGAAAGGUUCCAAAUUUAAGAUGCCUUCUAUGCCCAAAGUCUCCAUGCCUGAUCUAGACUUCAAUCUUAAAGGUCCUAAACUGGAAGGUGAUUUAAAAGGUCCCAAAGUUGACAUCAAGGCUCCAGACGUUAAUCUUCAGGCUCCAGAUAUAGAUGUUGAUGGAAAAGUUAAAGGUUCCAAAUUUAAGAUGCCUUCAUUGCAUAUGCCUGAAAUAGACUUCAAUCUUAAAGGUCCUAAACUGGAAGGUGAUUUAAAAGGUCCCAAAGUUGAUUAUAAUUUAAAAGGACCAAAACUUAAGGGUGAUGUAGAGAUACCAGAGGGUAAUUUGGAAUUGAAGUCUCCUAAAGUUGAUUUUGAAAAUCUUGAAAUUAAGGUCCCAAGCCCAAGUGUGUCUGUUGAGGUCCCAGAAGCAAAAGUCAAGGGACCAAAGUUUAAAUUACCAUCCUGGGGAUUUUCCAAACCUAACAUUUCUGGCACAGAAAUUGACAUGAAAGGACCUAAAAUCAAAGGUGAUGUUGAUCUUUCAAUUUCUAAAGGAGGUAGUCUUAAAGGCUCUGAUUUAGCAAUUAGUGACCCUAGUAUAGAUCUUGAAAUGCCUGAGGGUAAAGUUAAAAAAUCCAGAUUCAAACUGCCUAAAUUUAAUUUUUCAAGUCACAAAGCUCAAGCACCAACAACAGAUGUAAAGCUUCCUAACACAGACUUAGAAGUAACUUCUCCAAAAUUCAAAAUGCCAUCAUUAAAUAUAAAAAGUCCCAACGUGUCCAUGCCAGAUAUUGAAUUAAACUUGAAAGGGCCAAAGUUUAAAGAAGACAUGGAUGUCACAGUUCCAAAAAUUGAAAGUGAUAUAAAAUAUCCCAAAGUUGAUAUUCAUUGCCCAGAAGUUGAUAUUAAGGCCCCAGAUGUUGACAUUGAUGGUAAAGUGAAAGGCCCCAAAUUUAAGAUGCCUUCAGUGAAUCCGCCAAAAGUUUCCAUGCCUGAAACUGACUUACAUCUAAAAGGUCUUAAGGUAGAGGGAGAAUUGAAAGGACCCAGAAUUGAUAUGAAAGGACCAGAUUUUGAUGUAGCUAUUUCAGAUAUUGAGCUGGAGGGGCCAGAAGGAAAACUGAAAAUGCCAAAACUUAAAAUGCCUAAGUUUGGGUUUUCUGGCUCAAAAGUUGAGGGUAAAGAUUUUAAACUUCCAGAAGGAGAAAUAGGUAUAUCAGGACCAAAGAUGGACAUCAAUGCCCCACAGUUAGACAUCGAAUGCCCAGAGGGAAAAGUGAAAGGUCCCAAAAUGACAAUGCCUUCGAUGCAUAUGCAUGAUAUAGACUUGAAUCUUAAAGGUUCUAAACUGGAAGGUGAUUUAAAAGGUCCCAAAGUUGACAUCAAGGCUCCAGACGUUAAUCUUCAGGCUCCAGAUAUAGAUGUUGAUGGAAAUGUGAAAGGUCCCAAAUUUAAGAUGCCUUCUAUGCCUAAAGUCUCCAUGCCUGAUCUAGGCUUAAAUGUAAAAGGACCUAAAAUAGAGGGGGGAUUGAAAGGACCCAACAUUGAUAUGAAAGGGCCAGAUGUUGAUGUAGAAAUUCCAGAUGUUGAGCUGGAGGGGCCAGAAGGAAAACUGAAAAUGCAGAAAUUUAAAAUGCCUAAGUUUGGGUUUUCUGGCCCAAAAGUGGAGGGUAAAGAUGUAGAUCUUAUACUUCCAGAAGGAGAAAUAGAUAUAUCAGGACCAAAGAUUGACAUCAGUGCCCCACAGUUAGACAUAGAAUGCCCAGAGGGAAAAGUGAAAGAUCCCAAAUUUAAGAUGCCUUCAUUGCAUAUGCCUGAUAUAGACAUGAAUCUUAAAGGUCCUAAACUGGAAGGUGAUUUAAAAGGUCCCAAAGUUGAUAUCAAGGCUCCAGACGUUAAUCUUCAGGCUCCAGAUAUAGAUGUUGAUGGAAAGGUAAAAGGUCCCAAAUUUAAGAUGCCUUCUAUGCCCAAAGUCUCCAUGCCUGAUCUAGACUUCAAUCUUAAAGGUCCUAAACUGGAAGGUGAUUUUAAAGGUCCCAAAGUUGACAUCAAGGCUCCAGACGUUAAUCUUCAGGCUCCAGAUAUAGAUGUUGAUGGAAAAGUGAAAGGUCCCAAAUUUAAGACACCUUCAGUGCAUAUGCCUGAUUUGGGCUUUAAUCUUAAAGGUACUAAACUGGAACAUGAUUUUAAAGGCCCUGAAAUUGACAUUGUGGCUCCAGAAUGUAAUCUUGCAGCUGCAGACAUAUGUGUUGAUGGAAAUGUGCAAGGUCCCAAAUUUAAGAUGCCCAAAAUCACCACGCAUGACAUAGACUUAAAUUUGAAAGGUCCUAAACUAGGCUCUGAAGUCGAGACUACAGUCACAGGUUCAAACAUUCAGAUGCCCUCAAUGAAUUUAAUAUUUCCAGAUGUUUCUAUACCUGAGAAUAAACUAAAUCUGAAGGGUCCAAAGUUAGACGGCCCGGAAUUAGAUUUUGAAGUACCAUCUGCAGACAUUGAGGGCCCAGAUGUUAAACUUAAAAUGCCUAAAUUUAUUUCUGGUCCUAAAGUGGAAACAACAGAUUUUGCUAUUAAACCUCCUAAAGGCAAACUAGCUGUUUCUGGUUCAAACAUUGAUAUUGAUUCUUCAAAGACAGAAUUAGGCAUAGAUCUUAAGACAACACAAUUUAAGGGUGACAUUGAUGUUACUAUGCCCAAAACAGGAUUAGAUAUCAAGGCAACAGACGUAACUAUUCAGGCUCCAGAUCUUAGCUUGAAAGAUACAGGACUGGAUAUUGCGGGUCCUGAAGGGAAUUUGAAAUUACCAAAGGUAAAGAAACCAAAAUUUGGUUUUGGAAUGAAAUCCCCUAAAGCAGAUAUUAAUGUACCUUCAGUAGAUAUUGGCACACCAGAGGUUGAUGUAAAUGCAGAAAUGCCCGGAGCAGGUGUUACAGGGAAAGGAAAGAAAGGCAAGGUAAAAAUGCCUAAAAUUCACAUGAGUGGCCCAAAAAUCAAAGGCAAGAAAGGUGGAUUUGAUGUAAACACUCCAGAAUUAGAUAGUGAGGUAUCCAUGAAGAGCUGUGAUGCAGACAUAGACAUUUCAGGGGGAGAUGCAGCCAUAAAAUCAGAUCUUGGCAUAAAGGCAACUAAAACUCGCAAACCCCUGUUUGGAAAAAUCUAUUUCCCUGAUGUUGAAUUUGACAUAAAAUCCUCAAAACUAAAGGGAGAAGCAUCCCUUCACAGUCCUAAAGCAGACAUAAAGACACCAGAUUUGGACAUAGGAGGUGGAAUUCAUACACAAGAGGCAGAGUUAUCUGCUCCAGGUUUGGACAUUGAGGGUCUUGAUUUGAAGGGUAAGAAAUCCAAAAUAAAACUUCCAGCUUUCAGUAUGUCUGGGGCAAAAGUAGAAUCUGGGCUUGAUAUUUCUCCUCCGAAAGACAGCAUUAACAUACCAGGGUUAAAGUUUGAAGGAGACAUUAAAACUCCUAGUACUGAUGUAAAAUUAAGCACGCAAGAUGCAGACCUCUCUAAUUCCGGUUUUGGGGGACAUCUGAAUCUGGAAGGCCCCAAAAUUGAUAUUCCCUCAGUUAGUCCAAAAGUCUCUUGUGAUGCAAGUCAAUCAUUGUUACAUGGAGAUGCUGCAGGCCUUAAAUUCAGCAUGGGCAAACCAGAAAUUAAUAUGGAAGGGCAAGGUCUGAACUUGAAAGGAAAUUUGGCAGGACAGGCUGGUGUAGAUGGUCAUUUUAUUGCAAGAGGAAUAGCGACUGAUACAGACAGCUCAGCAGUUAAAGUUACAUUUCCCCGACUCUUAAUGCCAAAGUUUAAAGGACCUGAAGAUUUUGGUAGGGAAAUGGGAGUUGAUGUUGACUUUCCAAAAGUAGAAACUACAAACUUAGGUCAAGCUGAUCUUGAAGUAGAAGACGGUGACAUAAAAAUCAAAAAGUCCAAGAUAAAAAUGCCAAAAUUUAACUUUUCAAAAGGAAAGGGUAAAGGUGAAUAUAGUCUCCCAGCAGCUGAAGUUGUACCUGGCUCUGCUAGUAUAGAGGUGGAAAGUGGAAAAGGCAUCUCAUCUAGAGAGAAAUCACCGAAAUAUGAAUUUUCUUUAUUUACAAGCAAAAAGCCAAGACCUAGGUCUUCCUCCAUGAGUGAGGAGAUAGAGGGGUCUUCACCAAGUGGUACACUGGAGCUUGAUAGUGGUGGUAUGUCGCUGGAAGGUGCAGAGAAAAAGGGAAAACAUUCAAAGAUCAAAUUUGGCACCUUUGGAGGUUUGGGUUCAAAGUCAAAGGGUUCUUAUGAGGUCACGUUGGGUGAUGAUGAAAACAUUGAGGGAAGUGGGGCGUCUGUGUCCAGAGUUUCCUCUUCCUCAAGCAACGACGGUGGCACCAAAGCAAGUGUUCAAUUGCCAAACGUUGAAUUAACCGUUGCAAAGAAGUAGAAUGUUUAUUUCCUUUACUAAAAUCAUGUAUAUAAAUAUAUAUAUCUGUGUGUUUGUACAUACAUUUUUGAAGCCUUUAUAUAAUGCUAAAUGUCUUUAAUAACAGUAGAUGACAUUUUUUAGAGCUCACAAAAUAAAAUAAAAAGAGAAGAAUUAUCAGCUCUCUAAUGAAUUCCAUACACACUCUAAAGCUUUGCCUGCCACAGAUGCGUCUGCUUUUGAGUCUCUCUGGCAGGUGAGACGUUGAUCAUCUAUUUUGUUAUAACAAGUGUGUACGUGGAAAUAUAUUUUUCCAUAUUUUUUUAACUUGCUUUUAAAGCUUUCAUUUCUUUGAUGACAUAAAAUGGGAUUUAUUGAAGACACUGUAUAUGUGGGUGAGCCACUGGGAAAGAAUCAAGGCCUCAUUUAAAGCAGCAGUAUUAACUGUUACAGACAUCAACAAAUAAAAAAAAAAAUUAAUUUGCCUUUUAUGGCAGUUUAAAAACAAGUGCUUUCAUUUGUUACCUGGUUUAGCUCAUUUGAAUACCUUUCAAUUCUCAUAAUUCUUCAAAAUCUUCAACUUGACCCUUUCCCAGUCUGGUUCGACUUGUUAUUUGUAAUAUACAAAUAGUUGAUUGUCGUCAACUAUAUCUCAACUGCCGCUUGUUUGUUUUUUUAUUUUUUAUUUUUUUUGGGGGGGGGAGAAGUAACCUAGCUUACAUUUCUGUUAAUAAAACAUUGUAACUUCAAAAAUCUGUAAGCACUUUAAUGUCCAAAGCAAAAAGAAGUGUGAAGCGGGGGAUUGUUUCUGAGCAAAAUAAAGCUUCUGACCUUUA